CUAAUUUAGCUAUGAUUUUAUCAUUUUAAUUGGCAAAUUAUCCAUUUUUUAAGUUGGGUUUGCUUGUUUUUCCUUCGAUUCCAUGAAAUUUGAUUGUCUGAAACAUAAUUUAUCAGUUAUUAUUUGCAUGUUUAGUUGAUUGUUUGUGGAUUAAUUUCUGGGUAAUGAAGUUGCAAAAGUGUCUGCAACAUAAUAGGUUAUAAGGGUACAAGUAAAUGACAAUGGAAGAUAAUUUUUGAUUCAAAAUGAACCUAUUUAAUUUGGGGAUACAAUCAAAUUUUACAGCAAUAUCAUUCCGGUUAUUGGAUUCGAGCACGGCUCGAGGGGCUAUAUAUACUCUUUUGUCGAUGAUCAGCUCCAGAAUUUGAUAUGUAUUUUAGUCUGGUGGAGUCCUUGGAGGAGAAUUUGAGUGAGGAGAAUUUGAGCGAAAUGGGUCAAUAUGUAAGUCGAUUAGAGUUAGAUUCUGAAGACGAAUUCUAUGAUGCUAGCAACACUGCUAAUUCUAGUAGCUAUGGUCAUGCACAUGAUGACAAUUCGAAAUGUUUAGACAACGAAAUUUCUGACUUGACAAUGAUUAAAUCAAAACCCAAUGAGCAUUUGAGAAAGGUUGUACCCGGAAAGAGAAAAAGAUCUGUAUCAGCAGUGAAAAUGUUGGCUGGUCGAGAGGCUAAUUAUUCUGGGAGAGGGAGGUUCACAUCUGCAGACUGUUGCCAUGUGGCUAGCCGUUAUGUGCCUGUUAAAGGGCCCUGGCUCCUGGAUCAGAUGAGCAGUCGAGCAUAUGUUUCACAGUUUUCCACUGAUGGGUCUCUUUUUAUUACUGGAUUUCAGGGAAGUCAUAUUAGAAUAUACAAUGUUGAUAGGGGAUGGAAAGUUAAAAAGAACAUUGUUGCCAAAAGCCUGCGUUGGACAAUUACCGACACAUCCCUUUCGCCGGACCAGCAGUACCUUGUAUAUUCCAGCAUGUCACCUCUUGUACAUAUUGUUGAUAUUGGAUCUGCUGCUAUCGAGUCUCAUGCGAAUGUGAAUGAGCUCCAUGAUGGCUUGGAUUUUUCAGAAUAUGGUGAAGGUUACGGGUUUGGGAUUUUCUCUGUGAAAUUCUCAACAGAUGGUCGAGAACUUGUGGCUGGAAGUAGUGAUGAUGCAAUUUAUGUUUAUGAUCUUGAGGCUAAAAAGCUUUCCCUCCGAAUAUCAGCUCACAUUUCAGAUGUGAACACCGUUUGUUUUGCUGAUGAAAACGGCCAUCUUAUAUUUUCUGGAAGUGAUGACAAUUACUGUAAGGUGUGGGACAGACGAUGCUUCAUUGCAAGAGGGAAGGCGGCUGGUGUCAUGAUGGGACAUUUAGAAGGAAUUACAUUUAUUGAUAGCCGAGGAGAUGGUCGAUAUUUCAUUUCAAAUGGUAAAGAUCAGUGCAUAAAGAUCUGGGAUGUUAGAAAGAUGUCCUCUAAUAUUACUUGUGAUCCUGCUCCUAGGAAUUAUGAAUGGGAUUACAGAUGGAUGGACUAUCCACAGCAGGCAAGACAUUUGAGACAUCCUAAUGAUCUAUCAGUAGCCACAUAUGAAGGACAUUCAGUCUUGCGUACGCUAAUCCGUUGCUAUUUUUCUCCAGAAUUUAGUGGAAAGAAGUACAUAUACACAGGUUCAAAUGAUGGGAGUGUGUACAUAUAUGACUUGGUUAGUGGAGCCAUCGUAGCAAAGCUUGAUCACCAUAUGUCUGUGGUGAGAGACUGCAAUUGGCACCCUAGUUACCCAAUGCUUGUUAGCUCAUCUUGGGACGGGAGUUUAGUAAAGUGGGACUUUUCAGGAAGUGAUGAAAUGCCUGCACCUCCAAGCGACGAACGAGAUCUAUGGAGACGACAUCUAUGAUUUGGAUUUCCUUAAUCAUUAUUCAACAAACAUGGAAUGAUUCCCAAACGAUCUCAUUCUUGGUGCACUAAUACACAUUACACGUCUAAGGUACAAACUAUAAAGUGUAAAUUAUACCAUACCAAAUAACAAAUUAUUAUGUAAUUAUUCCAUAUCCUUGUAAUAUAAUCUCAUAAUUACUUGUAUUGUGGGCAAAUGUAUUGCUGUACAAUUAUUCUAUUUUGAGUGGAAGUUGUUUGUGGGCAUACUUUGAAGAUAAGGGUUAUUGGAAAGAAUAGUUAUUCGUGAUUUACA